GACUAUUCUUUCCCCUCCCCAUGCUACUUCUGGCAGCAAGCAGAUGGGUCAACCGGUUGCCGCCCACUUAGCAGCUUACUGAUGACUAUGGUGACCGAUGUGAUGCAUCUAAUUCUGUAUUCAUCGACGACUGCAAUUAUCCAUCAGCAUCGAUUAUCUUGCAACAUGACACAUUGAAUAUGCCAAUAGCAGUCAGAUGAUCGCAUCCAAUGUGAGCCGUCAAGAACAAAUUUUCCCAGGCUUAUCACAAUACAUUUUAGUUACUGAAGUUCAACCAGUCAGAGUUCUUUGGAGA